UGACUGUUGCGAAAAGCCCCUCCUACAAGGUCUCACCUCCACUUCUCACUGCUCCCCCAGCGUCCGAUGGCAAAGCAUGACCCUAACGAGCUCCCUCCUCCAUACUACUCUGUUGAGGUGCACACACUCCCGCCCCUCCAGUCCUAUGAAGAGGUAGUCUAUGGAGCGGGUCCAAGGCACACUCCUCCCAACCAGCUACACUACAUCCCCCAGCACCCCCCACCAGUGGCUGCGGAGCACAAAUGCCAGCCCAGUAUAUCUCUUCCUGACAAGAAGAAGAAAUACAAAUGCUGCCACCAUAGUGCCAAGUGCUUUGGCUGGUCAGGGGGCAUCGUUCUGUUGCUCCUCCUGGCCAUUGCCAUCUGGCUCGGAGUGUGUUACGGUCCCAGGUUAGCAAAAGCGGCUGCCAUCAUCGACCACCAUGAGGAUGAGGAUGAGGGGCACGAUGAGAAGCAGUUGAGCGUGCCCGUGCAUGACACCUGCUCCAACUCCACCGUCCAAUGUGACGCUCUGCGGGACUGCCAACUGGGCACCGACGAGUCCAACUGUGUGAGGUUUGGGGCGGAUGGUGCUCUACACGUCAGAACGUCUCAGGACGGUCGUUUCCUCCCAGUGUGUUACCAGGGAUGGGACCAGAGCUACGCCAACCAAACCUGUGCCCAACUGGGCUUCAGAAAGUCCUUUGCAACCAAGGCAGUGAAAUCCCAGCAGUCCAUUGGUCUAACCCUGAACAACAGAUCGUCUUUACCCAUCCAGGGCCAGGUCAAUGUCAGCUCGUCCUGCCCUGACCAGAACACAGUCUCUCUGCAGUGUAUUGAUUGUGGGCGUCAGCAGUUGUCCUCCCAGAUCAUAGGGGGCAGUGUUGCCAAGCUGGGCCAAUGGCCCUGGCAACUCUCUCUACACUUUGGUGGAUCACACAUCUGUGGAGGGGUCCUGGUGUCCCCUGACUUUGUGGUGACAGCUGCCCACUGCUUCCCCAGGUCUUUCCCCCUGGUUCUUGAUGCUAGUAGGUGGCGUGUGUACGGAGGAGUGGUGUCUCAAGACAAGCUUCCUUCUCCCUACCUCAUAGAGAAGAUCAUCGUGAAUGAGAACUACAACAACGUAACCAACGACCAGGACAUUGCCAUACUGAAGCUGGCCUCACCAGUUGAAUUCACUAAUGCAGUUCAGCCUGUAUGUUUGCCAGCCUUUGACCAGACAUUCCCCCAUGGAACCAAAUGCUGGACCUCGGGAUUCGGGACAACAGAUGAGGGGGCAGCGAAACCCUCCAAAGACCUGAUGGAGGUGACCGUUGACAUCAUUGAUGUGCGUGUCUGUAACAGCUCCAAAGUAUACUCCGGCAGUGUGUCCAACAACAUGCUGUGUGCCGGAGAGCUCAACGGGGGCAGGGACUCCUGUCAGGGAGACAGUGGUGGUCCUCUGGUGUGCCAGGCCAGUGACAACCUUUGGCAGCUGGUGGGAGUGACCAGCUGGGGCAGUGGCUGUGGGCAGAGUAACAGGCCAGGGGUCUACACCAAGGUGUCCAGCCUACUGCCCUGGAUCUACAGCAAGAUGCAGCUGGAAAGUCCGUGAUGCCACUUCCUUUCCAGUGACCUCGCCUCAUCCAGUUCCUAAAGACCGCUGGCGGCCUGCUUUCUCCUUCCUCUCUGACCAUCACACCAUGAAGUCUCUCAGAAUGAUAUUAGAUAGAUAGAUAGAUAGAUAGAUAGAUAGAUAGAUAGAUAGAUAGAUAGAUAGAUAGAUAGAUAGAUAGAUA